GUGAGGUAUUCGAACAGGAACAGGAAAAGCGGGUUGCAUUGUUGCUAACAGAGAAGCGAGCGACGAGGUCAGAGAUUGUUUUAUGGAAACAAACUAAUUCCCAAAGUUUUGUUUCGUACACAUCGGUGCGUUUGAUUUGCGGGUAAUUUUGGUAGAGCACGCGUUCACGCACAGGGACAGUGGAAGAAUAGCAACUGAAUGUUUCGUUUGAAGCUUUUGGAUCUCUGAACACUCAUAUGUCAACACUGAAUUUUUUCAUGCACAAGUGAUACUGAUACUAAAUCGAAGGACAACAGUAAGCAUCGAAAGCUGUUAACCUGGAGAGCAUGGCCAUGACGGGGGGGGCAGCACAGAGCCUCCCCAUGAGCAACCACACGCGGGAGAGGGUGACGGUGGCCAAACUGACCCUGGAGAACUUCUACAGCACGCUCCUGACCCAGCACGAGGAGCGUGAGAUGAGACAGAAGAAGCUGGAGAAGGUGAUGGAUGAGGAAGGUCUGCAGGAUGAAGAGAAGGUCACGCGGAGGUCGCAACACGCUCGGAAGGAGACGGAGUUUCUGCGGCUGAAGAGGACGAGGCUGGGGCUGGACGACUUCGAGUCUCUGAAGGUCAUCGGGAGGGGCGCGUUUGGAGAGGUGCGUCUGGUGCAGAAGAAGGACACCGGCCACAUCUACGCCAUGAAGAUCCUCAGGAAAGCAGACAUGCUGGAGAAAGAACAGGUGGCCCAUAUCCGUGCGGAGCGGGACAUCCUGGUGGAGGCGGACGGGGCCUGGGUGGUGAAGAUGUUCUACAGCUUCCAGGACAAGAGGAACCUCUACCUCAUCAUGGAGUUCCUGCCCGGAGGUGACAUGAUGACCCUGCUGAUGAAGAAGGACACUCUGUCGGAAGAGGCCACGCAGUUCUACAUCGCUGAAACGGUGCUCGCCAUCGACUCCAUCCACCAGCUCGGCUUCAUCCACAGGGACAUUAAACCAGACAACCUGCUGCUGGACUCCAGGGGUCAUGUAAAGCUGUCGGACUUUGGCCUGUGUACUGGACUGAAGAAAGCUCAUCGGACCGAGUUCUACAGGAACCUCACGCACAACCCUCCCAGUGACUUCUCCUUCCAGAACAUGAACUCCAAGCGGAAAGCAGAGACAUGGAAGAAGAACCGGAGGCAGCUGGCAUACUCCACUGUGGGAACUCCAGAUUACAUCGCCCCUGAGGUGUUCAUGCAGACAGGCUACAACAAGCUCUGUGAUUGGUGGUCCCUGGGUGUCAUCAUGUAUGAAAUGCUCAUAGGUUACCCCCCGUUCUGCUCCGAGACGCCCCAGGAGACCUACAGGAAGGUGAUGAACUGGAAAGAGACGCUGGUCUUCCCGCCUGAGGUGCCCAUCUCGGAGAAGGCAAAGGAGCUGAUUUUGAGGUACUGCAACGACGCGGAAAACCGGAUCGGAGCUGUGAGUGUGGAGGAGAUAAAGAGCCAUCCCUUCUUUGAGCCAGUGGACUGGGAGCACAUCCGGGAGAGACCAGCUGCCAUCUCAAUUGAAAUUAAAAGUAUCGACGACACCUCAAACUUUGAUGACUUCCCUGAGUCUGACAUCUUACAGCCAGUGACCAACGUCACGGAACCGGACUACAAAUCCAAGGACUGGGUGUUCCUGAACUACACGUACAAGAGGUUCGAGGGCCUGACGCAGCGGGGCACCAUCCCCUCGUACAUGAAGGCCUGAGCGAGCUUGGCGGGACAGGCCGCCGCGUCGGACUAACGCCGCCGGGCAUCAUGGGACAGGACAGGACUGGACAGGACAGGACAGGGGCUUGGGCCGGAGCUUCAGUGGGAGUGAGGGCGCAGCGG